AUUUAGCUUAAUGGACACCAAUCCUGAUUGUUUAUUGUUGCAGCUCAAUAUUGGGUGUUUGAGUGAGAUCGUCACUUUUGUGCCUCUCAAGCAAGCUCUCCAGCUCAGACUGGUCUCUCGUAAACUCAACCAAGCUGUCUGUUAUGGAUGGAGGCUCCGUAUUUACCAGAUCGAGGCUUUGAUGAAGCAUUGUAACACAAAACUAAAAGAAGGGUUUGAAGACAAGACAGUGGAAGACUACAAGGACAUGUGAGAGCACCAGAGUUGUAUCAUUGAUGACUUGAAUGCUUACGUUGAGAAUGGAUUUAAGCUUAACGCUCCAAGACAAAAUUACAUGAACAUUGGAUACCUAGUAAAGCCUCCUAGAUUUGUGUCGGUUCCUUUAGUGACAUCAAUGAUUCUUCUUGGGUGGUCCCAUAAAAUUCCUCUUUCAACUGAUUUUCAAGAUACGAAAGAGAUUCGAAAGCUUUGGAAUCAAUGAAGAAUCCAUUUUCGGAAUAAAAAUGUGAUGAAGCUGCACAAUGCAUUUAAAGUAGAUCAAGUAGACCCAGUCGACAUUGUGACUUGUAAGAAGAUUCUUAGUAUGCAUUCUGAUCUUACAUUUGUGAGAAUCCAAGCAGAGUCAAGAUGAGCUGCCAACAUGUUCUCAUGGAGUAACCUUGUCAUCAAAUAUUUUGAGAUCGACCAGCAGAUCAAGCCUCUCGGUAUCAGACAAAUUGAAGACAAGAUCUCAAAGUACGAAAGAACUGAGAAGAAAAUGAUGCAGGUGUUUGAUCGAAUCCUAGUUCACCAGAACUUCUAGUCUAUGAUAUGUAAGAUCAGUUUUGUUUCAACUUGACCGACAAUU